GUAGAAAAAUGGCAAGAUGAUUUUUUCGAGUCCUUUGAGGAGACACCUCUUCUGGUGGCCAUUUUAACAUACCUGGGCUAUGGCCUGCUGGUUAUCGUAGGUCAGAUCCGUGACCUCAUGAGGGCUUAUGGGAUUGAGAAGGACAAAAGUUGCACUGAACCAAAAAUUGAGGGUUUUGUUCCUUUGUAUCAGAGCUGGGAAAGUUUUUACACACGAAAUGUUUACAGGCGAAUCCGAGAUUGCUGGAACCGGGUGGUUGCGAGCGUGCCCGGCACACAUAUCACCAUACUAGAUCGUCAUUCCCGUGAUCAUGGAUGGACAUUUAAGUUGACUGGCAAAAAGCUGAAUGCAAUGAACUUUGGUUCAUACAACUAUCUCGGUUUUGCUGAAAACACUGGCCCUUGUGCUGAUCAUGUGGAAAAGACAACAAAACAGUAUGGCGUUGGAGUGUGUGCAACUCGACAAGAACUAGGUUACUUAGACAUUCACAGGGAGCUGGAUGAACUGGUGGCUGAGUACCUUGGUGUGGAGGCAGCCAUUACUGUGCCAAUGGGAUUUGCUACUAAUUCCAUGAACAUGCCAGCUCUUGUCAGCCAGGGAUGUCUCAUCCUCAGCGAUGAGUUAAACCAUGCAUCUCUUAUCCUAGGAUCUCGCUUGACUGGUGCAGUUAUUCGAACAUUCAAGCAUAAUGACAUGGCAGAUCUUGAGAAGAAAUUGAGAGAUGCGGUCUGCCAUGGUCAGCCAAGAACUCACAGACCUUGGAAGAAGAUACUGAUUGUUGUGGAGGGAGUUUAUAGCAUGGAGGGAUCUAUAGUUCGCCUGCCUGAUGUGUUACGUCUGAAGAAAAAGUACAAAGCCUAUGUUUACUUGGACGAGGCCCACAGUAUUGGAGCUAUCGGCCCACAUGGCAAAGGAGUGGUUGAUUACUUUGGCUUAGAUCCGCAAGAUGUUGACAUCAUGAUGGGAACGUUUACCAAGAGCUUUGGUUCUAUGGGAGGCUACAUUGGCGGCUCAAAAGCCCUGAUAAACCACCUGCGAGCAAAUGCACACAGUUUUAUUUACUCCACGGCCAUGUCGCCUCCAGCAGCUCAACAAGUGAUCAGCACCAUGCGGAUAAUUAUGGGCAAAGAUGGCACCCAAGAAGGUCUGCGAAGAAUCCGGCAGCUUGCAUGGAACACACGCUAUUUUCGAAAGCGGCUUCAUGAAAAAGGAUACAUCCUCUAUGGCAACAAAGACUCCCCUGUUGUUCCUCUGCUUCUGUAUAUGCCUUCAAAAGUUCCCUCGUUCUCUAGGGAGACACUGAAACGUGGCCUAGCCGUUGUGGUGGUUGGGUUCCCAGCGACACCUCUGAUUGAAACCAGGGCUCGUUUUUGUUUAUCUGCAGCACACACUAAAGAAAUGCUGGAUGAGGCACUACAUAUCAUUGAUGAUGUGGGAACUCUUAUCAAACUCCAAUACUCGAGCCUGCCAGUUCCAGAUUUCUCAGAGAAAGAUAUCCAACUGAUUGAAUAA